AUGGCUUCCAACAGCGAAAUAAAAGACUCACGUUUGGCCCCAGUAUCCUUGUCAUCUGUGGAUGUGGCAUUUAGCCAGCCUGAAGAUCGUGUGGUCAAAUUGAUCGCAGUGGGGCUUAAGGAAGCAUCUACAGACUCUCCCAGUUUUAGAGCUUCGGUCAACUACAUGAAUUCCGAAAUCAGAUCCUAUCAAAUCCUGAUGAAAAAAACCAUUGAUCAUCUCAAGCGAUUCAUAGCUGCAUGUGCGGCGUUACAAGGCAUUAGUUCCGAUUUUCAAACAAUAUUCAGUUCAGUCGGUCAAAAUAGCCUGGUGAACAGAGACAUUGCGAAGACAUGUAUUGAGCGAACGUCACAAGAUAUGGAUCAGGUGUUGGGCUUUAUCAACGGUGCUCUUGUCUCUAAGAAAGAACCCAUACAGAAUUUGUUGAAUCUUGAUGGAGAUUUUGCUGCGUAUUUUGAACUACGCCGUGCCUUCGAGGGUAUACAAGCUAAGUACGAUUCAUACCUCGACAAGUUUGUUGCCCAGCCUAAAACCCUAGACCCUACAACCGCCAGAGAAGACGCCCAACAACUCUUCGAGCUCCGAAAACAAUACAUCCAUAUAUCGCUAAGCAUAUGGAUUUCCAUUACCAAAUUGAGACACAAGGUUAGCUCUGCACUUGUCGAACUUUGUGACAAUUUGAGGAACUCGUCAGAACAAUCAAGAAAGUUGGCUGAAUUUUUGGGAUUGGAAGAGUCUUCCAUAAAGAUAGAAAGAGCUCGGUACUUCAUGGACUUGCAGGCGCGCUCACAUAAAAACUUAAUCAAGGACCUGCAAUCUGCUCGGAGGACCUCGGAGGAAAGUGUGGUGAAUAUAUGCACUCCCUCAAAUGACCUGGAUUCUUAUCUACCUGCGACCAUCAACAUGGCGCAUCUAACGGAUACGGAUGUGGAGCAAUAUGAGAAACACGGCUGGGUGUUUCUUAAAAGCAAAAGAAUCAAUUCAAAAGAAGUUGUUUGGGCUAAAAGAUGGCUUUUCAUCAAAGGUGAUUUAUUUGGAUUCCUCUCAAUAAGUACAUCUGGUACCUACGUCGAAGAAUCUGACAAAAUUGGCAUUCUAUUGGCUAAUGUUCGCUACAAGCCUGAGGAAGACAGGAAGUUCUGUUUUGAAAUUAAAACUCUUCAGACAGAGGUUACAAUCCAAGUUGAAACUCUGGGAGAGCUCAAAAGCUGGCUUUCCGUAUUCCACACGGUGAAAACUGCAGCUUUGCAGCGCAACAGUACGAUAUCCAUGUCAAGAUACGAGCCAAUGUUGGACCUGUUUGCGCUUGAGCCCGUCGUUGAAAAAGACCUCGAGCUCGUCAAUCUACCAAGUACGAAGCCGGAAAAUGCGCAAUUGUUAUUGAACAAGUCUCUUCCUAGUUUGAAAGUGGACAUCGAUUUUAGUGCUCCUCUGGUCACGGAGUUAACCAACCUUGCUUGCUUGUCACAUUUAUAUUUGACAUCCCCAAAAGUACCUUCUGCCUUCACUGCAAAUGUUUGGGGGUUUGUUAAUUGGGGACUAUAUUAUGCAAUCAAGAAUCGUCAUGAUACCAUUGAAACUGCCACAAAGAUGCAUUCAAGCACGUUGAAUUCUAUUAAUUUACGUUAUCCUGCAUCUUAUCCAAUUGAGUUGAGACAAUUGGAUCUUCAGGUGCGAUCUCUUUUUGAGUCUUAUGUUGGUACGGACGAAUUUGUUUUAGUGGCAUUCAAAGCAUUCUGGUCAGCGAAUUCAAAACAGGAGCUGUUUUGUCAUCUUUAUGUCACUGAAAGUCAUAUUUAUGUUUACACCACAAAUUGCGGACUGGUCUCGAUUUCUCUCUUCAAGUUGACAAACUUUCUUUACGUCGAUUCGGUUCAGAAGGCAAAUUAUGACUUGCUUCGACUUUAUACUGUUAGUGGAGUGUCCACCAAAAUGAAGCUUUGCUUAGAGCCAGGUAACUUGAUUAAAGACCAAGUCAAUUAUCUAAUCUCUCUGAAAAAGUCAACAGUAAGCAAACCUCUCGAAACAAUAAUGGAUGAGCUGACCAAAAUUAAACAUGUUCAUUCGAAAUUUGAGCCCAAGGUGCCUUCCUCAGUGCCUCUAGCAGUUCCACAGGAUUCAGAAGGGGAGAAGCCCAUUGUGACGAUUGCCUCAUCUGCAGAUAUGGACACGAACGUGAAACUCAAUUACAACGACGAUAUGCAUCUUAUAUGGAUACAAAAGUAUGACUUGGCUGCAAAAGCUCUGUUUCAUGUUUUGGUUGGCGAUCAAUCAUUUUUGCUGCAAUCUAUGCUUCCCUUUGCCCAGCUUUCUGUAGACACUGGAACACAGCAUACCGUUUGGAGAUGCGACUCGCAACAGAAGCUCACCCGGAUUAUUUGGAGUCCUACAAUGGAAUUAUUGUCGGCCGAGCAACGUAUUGAAUCUAUGUUAAACAACAAAUAUUACAACUUUACGCAAAGCACGCCAUAUUUGUAUCUUCCUUUCGGAAGCGCUGGACGUCUCAUUAUCAGAUUCAUUAUCUUCAACACAGAUUCGCGUUCUUCCAAAUUGCUCGUUUAUUACAAGGUAAUGAGAAACACAAAUAUCCUGGAAUUAUUCAGCUCGUUCUUUUUCAGACAGGUGAUUCUGUUCAAAAUUGAGGAUCUUCAUAAGCAUCUCCUAUCUGCCAUACAGAACUUGGCGAACGAAAAUCGCAAAAUUGCAUCUGCGAUAAAGCUGUAUGGGCCGAUCACCAAGUUCGAUGCCGAUGAGUUGACCGAGGAAGAAGUCAGGUUCGAAAAAGACGUCAAGCACAUAAAAAUGGAGUUUUUGUUUAACCUUGUUCUACAGAAGCUCAACUUGGAAUUCGACAAACUGCUCCAUGUGGCUACAAAGCUACUCAUUAAUGCACUUUUUUCAACGUAUAAGAACUUCCAGCUCCAUUGGCUGCUAGUCUUAUCUUUGGGCAUUUCGCUACUCCUCAAUGUUUACUUUUCGGGUAAGACCACCUAUGAGUACUGGAUCGAGCACAAUACUGAAAAGUACGUGAACUCGCUAGUCCAGAAACCAACACUCAUGAAAAGAAUGAUAUCAGUGAGGGAUAUACAAGACUUGGCACACAACACGAGCGCUCAACUAUCCUAUAAUUCCACUGAGUCUCAGUGUUUCUUAGAAUUUCGAAAACAAACUAGCACUGCCGAAAACUCUUCUCCCACCCAAAGCAAGAUACAGUCCCGUUUGGUGGAGUUUGGGUUGCAAAGAAAUGAACUACUGACUGAAAUCGGGAUAUUGAACGCUGCAGAAAGAGCCUACUUGACGUCUGAAUGGAAACGGUGGGUUUUCGAUGAGCAUCGUAAUUGCGAGCUUGUUCGUGCUAAAUACCCUCAAAGAUAUGAUGAGCAGCUCUCCCGGUAUUGCGACUCGGCAAAGACCGAAAUGGAUUACAUAUCGCACUCGUUGUUAUAA